UGCAGAUAUAAUAUAGAGUAAUAAACUCAAAAUUUAAUUAACAAUUAUAAUUAUGGAAUGAAAAUUUAUUUAGUUGUGGAUAAAACGGAACCAAAAAUGGUUGUAGCCGUAAGCGAGGAAGCGGAAAAAGAAAAAUCAUGGCCACAAGUGAUUGCUAUACUCACAGCAUCCCUAGUGGGUUUCACCAGUGGAUAUCUGUACGCUUGGCCAUCGCCUUUUCUAUUAAAGAUAAGUCAAGAUAACGUUACUUACAACAUAUCCGAAGAACAAGCAUCCUACUUCGCAGUUUGCCAUUCAUUAGGAAUGUUAGUACUACCGAUAUUCAUUUCCCCAGUUGUGAAUAUAUUUGGCAGGAAGAAAACCCUCCUGAUAGCAGAACUACCAAUGGUGACGAGUUUAUUAAUGAAAGCAUUCGUUACCGACGUGUGGUUGUUGUAUCUAGCUAGAUUUUUAGCUGGAUCUGCAGACGCUAUAGUUUUUGCGGGACUUCCGGUGUAUAUUGGAGAAGUAUCGACCCCAAAAGUUAGAGGAAUAUGGGGAAACUCCUUCAUUAUAGCUGUUUUUACUGGACAAUUUAUUAUAAAUGUAGUUGGGAGCUAUUGCAGCGUGGCGGAUACGUCUUAUAUCGGUUUAGUAAUACCCGUUUUAUUCCCGUUUCUUUUCUAUUUCGUACCCGAAUCUCCAUAUUAUUUAAUUAUGAGAGGAAAAGAAGAGGAAGCUAGACAAAGUUUGAGGUUUUUAAGAGGCAAACAACACGUACAAGUCGAAUUGGACGCGCUAAUAACUUCAGUUAAAGAAGAAAUGCAAUUGAAAGGAAGUUGGGCGGAUUUGAUAAAAAUAAAAGCGAAUCGAAAGGCUUUAAUUGCUGGAUUGUUCUUAAGAACCUCUCAAUUACUUACUGGUGUUUACGUAUUUAUGUCUUAUACGCAAUUUAUUUUUGAAAAAGCCGGAGGGAAUAUCAGUUAUCAAACAUCGGCUAUUAUUUAUACGGGAUUAACCGUAUUUAUGUAUUUGUGUUCGGCUUAUGCGUCCAAAUUGAUUGGAAGACGUAAAGCUUACAUGUCGUCAUUAUUAUUAGCAGGAAUUAUUGUUUUAAGUGAAGCAGUGUAUUUUUAUAUAGAUAGUGUAUAUACGUAUAUAGAUUUAGAACCGAUUAAAUGGUUUCCCUUGGUGGGAAUGCUCAGUUUCGUUGUAGUGAGUUCGUUUGGUGUGGGUAUAAUACCAACUUUGAUGUUGGGCGAGUUAUUUGCAACUAGUGUUAAAUCUAAAGGAAUAAGUUUGUUGACGGUAGCUUUCGCUGCGAAUAUUAUAAUAACAAACAAUAUUUUUUACUAUUUCAAUAGUUAUACGGGACUGUACGGCCCUUUUUUCUUAUUUGGUGCUUGUAAUAUGUUAUUUACUGUAUUAGCGUAUUUCAUCGUACCCGAAACUAAAGGAAAAACUUUGGAAGAGAUCCAAGAAACUCUGAAAAACAUGUAACAGAUACUUUUCAAUCGGACUAAACUAUGUUUAUUAUUAUAGAAAUAAAUACUGUGAUUUC